GAGCGAGAGGCGAGAAGAAGAAUUGCGAGCUGCAAUUAAUGCGUGGCCCGGCGGCGGCAGCGGCAGCGGGCGCGAGCGGAGGAGCCAGUAGUUGGCCGUGUCGCGUGCGAAAAGCGUCCAACAAGCUCGAGGGGUGCUCGCGCGUGCGCCCGGGGGGCGGCCGGAGCGGCCACCGCGGCGGCCCGCCGCCGCUCGCUGCUCUUCAGUCGUAAUCGGGACGCCGAGGCGGCGGUCGCGCGCGCCUCCGAUCACCCUGUCCGCCGCUGACGACGCUGCCCAGGUGGAUGGCGUGAACGUGAGCCUCAACGGCACUGGCCGCUGGCCCCCGGAGGCGGCCGAGGCGCUGCCCGCCGACGCCGAGGCGUUGCUCGCGGUGGUCGCCAAGGCGGCGGCCAUGGCCGCCGUCAUGGUGGCCGCCGUGCUUGGCAACGCGCUGGUCAUCGCGAGCGUCGCGCGCCACAGAAGACUUCGCGUAAUCACCAACUAUUAUGUGGUCUCGUUGGCCAUGGCGGACAUGUUGGUGGCCCUGCUGGCAAUGUCGUUCAACUUCAGCGUUCAUCUGAGUGGCGGCCGCUGGCAGUUCGGGCCGAUUUGGUGCGACGCGUGGAACUCGUUCGACGUGUACUUCAGCACGGCGUCGAUCCUGCACCUGUGCUGCAUUUCGGUGGACCGCUACUACGCCAUCGUGCGACCGCUCGAGUACCCGCUGAUCAUGACGACGAGGACGGUCGGAUUCAUGUUAGCAGGAGUGUGGCUGCUGCCCGCCUUCAUCUCCUUUUUGCCCAUCUUCCUUGGGUGGUACGCAACCGCGGAGCACCUGGAGUGGAAGGAGGAGCACAAGGACGAGUGCACGUUCGAGGUGAACAAAUGGUACGCGGUGGUGUCCUCAGGAGUGUCCUUUUGGAUCCCGGCCACCGUGAUGGUGCUCAUGUACCACCGUGUGUACAAAGAGGCGGUGCGGCAGCGCAGGGCAUUAUCGCGCACCUCGUCCAACAUCCUGCUCAACAGCAUCGUCGUCCGCCGCAACAACCAGCACUCGGGCCACCGAAACUUGCGCCCGCUGCCCGAAGACGACGCCAACGACUCUGACCAAGACCACAGGGACGCCACCGCCGUACCCUUACACAGUGUUGAACGUCCUGAAGCUGUGAUACCAGCCAGCAGUCUCAAGCCUGGCUCGACGCGUCGAGGCGGCAUCGGGGGUGGAAUAUCCAUGUCCACCAUGUACUACGGAGCCGCCUCCGCGUCAGCCGCCGCCACCCAGCUCAACACCACAACAAAUGGGGCAGCGAAGGAGAAGAGCCAGACGAGCUGGAAAAAGGAGCACAAGGCUGCACGCACGCUGGGCAUCAUCAUGGGCGCCUUCAUCCUGUGCUGGCUGCCCUUCUUCCUGUGGUACGACAUCACCAACCUGUGCGGGGAGGCGUGUCCGUGUCCCCCGGUGGUCGUGGACAUGGUCUUCUGGGUCGGCUACUUCAACUCGGCGCUCAAUCCGCUCAUUUACGCGUACUUCAACCGCGAGUUCCGCGAGGCCUUCCGCAACACGAUCCUCUGCGUAUUUCCGUGCUGCCAGCGGCCCUCGGCCACGCCCACCACCUUCCUUUGACCAAUCAAAAAUCAAGCGACUGACUUCGAGAGUGAAUGCAAUGUUGCCAAACGCACUGUUGCCGUUUUCUGAUGACAAGUGAAAGAAUGUACAGGUCGGAAUGCAUGGAAUGUGUGACUUACUGUGAGUUAAUGCGGAGAGCAGGAGAGCGUUUUUAGAUGUAUAAAAAACCAUUACGAGAUGUUCGUGACAGACACACUAAAAAAACAUCAGUUUGUGUAUUUACCGAGAUGAUUGGAUGAUUAAUUUGACCUAUUUUCUGCCGGAUUUAAUAUGAUAAUUGGUUACCUGGCGCUGUCUAAAGGUUCCGAAAUCAAAAUUGGUAUUUAAAUCACUAUCAAAUCAAAUUUAGAAAUUUAAAUAGCAUCUGUUGUAGCGUUUGACGGCGCUUUUGGACAGUUCUUAUCAGUUCAUAUACUCUCAAACUAGGACAAAAUCAAAUACUAAAAACAUUUUAAUUGCGUGAGGCAGUUUAUAUACUAAUUUCAAAAGUCAAAGAGGGUUUUAUUUUCAUAUUCGCUCAAUAUCUUUGCGUACAAACGUAGGUGUAUUUUAUCAUGAGUGUGAUUUUAUGGGCAAUCUAUAAAUAAUAUCAUUGUUUAUGAACUUGGAUGAGUUUAUGUGUUUAACUAUAGCGUCGGAGAGAAUAUGAUACUCACAAGUGAACUACCUAGUUGCGCAAACUGCAGUUUGUAGGCAUUUUGAUAGAGACGUCAUGCAGUUUUAAAAUUAAAUUUUCAGGGCAAGAAGUUCAACCAACUUGAGUUACGCUGUGUAAAUAAAUAUAGGUGAAAAAAAACUUAUGAUUUUGAACCAAGGUGAAAUAUAAUAAAAAAUAAAAUGCCAGCACACUUUAAACAAGAUGCCGCAUUAAUCUGAAAAUUUUAUAUUUUCGACGAAAAUUGGACGAAGAGGAAAAAACGAAUUAAAAUUUAUCGGAGAGACAAACACGCUGUUAGCAAUAAGUGGAAAUGAAAUUUUCAACAAGGACGAGAGAGAGAUGUCUCAUUCUGACUCGGAAUAGCUGUUGUUGACGAAAAAUGCUGUUUGAUGUUUCCAACUCGAACUCCAGAGGUGAAAAAUACUACUGGCCUGUCGGUGUAUUUUGUGUCCACACGAAUAUUCAACAUACAUGUGUCAGAAACGCAUUCAAUGGUUAAAUAUUAAGUAUACUCGCUGUAAGUGGCACUGGAGGGAGGCAAGCAAGAGAAAACGCAGAAAAGAAAUAAUAUUUUAGUUACAAAACAAAGAAAAGCUGGAGCUUUUGAUCGUUAUUGCGUUCUCAGCAAGUCAGCACCGGGGAAGGUGCGCGCACACACAAGUUUUUACGUUAAUAACUAACUGCUUGAACGUUCCGAUAGACGAAUUCCAGCUCGGCUCUCUUUCGGUAGAAUUAUAAUUAUUAAAAUACAUACACGAUGUUUUAACCCCUUCAGUGCUCACCUCCGUCACUGUACCUUUUCACGGGCCUUGGUUCAAAUUUGACGAAAAUGUGUCUGUACAUUACAUGCCUCCUCAGUAUUGUACGUUUUACAAAACGCAAAAGAACAGAUAUAUAUAAUACUAUAAUUUUUAUAAUCGUAUCAUUGCAAUGCUGCUGCAAAAACAUGAGAGUAUAUUACGUUUGUCAAACAUUAGAUAAUUCACAGUUUACUUACAAUAAUUAUCACACGGCCCCGAGUCAUUAAGUUAAUAUAUAUGUUAACAUAGCAUUUGAUUACCGCUGUGCGUACUUCUGUUUUGCUAAAAACACUUAUUCCAAAAAAUAUGAUCAUCUGUCUUUUUUAAACACAUUUUUAUUUGCACUACAGAUUUUUCUCUCUAUUUACUAUAAUUAUGUUUUAAUUUUAUGUUACCGCUCUUGAACUAUAGCUCGAGUCCCUUUGAUUGUGAUAUAGAAAGACGAGAUGAACAAUAAAACCAAACAUGGAGCAUCUUGUA